AUGGCGGAAGCAGCAGAUGGCGACACGAUAACUGACAUAGAGACAACACUCGAUGUGACGCAUCUCGAUGCUGAAGGUACCUUCGAAUCCAAAUACGACAAAAAAGAUGAAAUUGCACGGGGAGCCUAUGGAGUCGUUUACACUGCACAUCCAAAGGACGAUCCACAGAAAUAUUAUGCUGUAAAGGUUGUCGACAAAUCCAAGAUGAAGAAGCAAAAGGACAUUGAUGCAGUUUUCAGAGAAGCAGGGUUUCUGAAAGAGUUGCGACUUUUGCCAAAUGUUAUUCCUUUUAUUGACUUUUUCGCAGAGGAACAAUUCCUCUAUGUGGUGUUAUCUUAUGCAAGAGGCGGAGAUCUUUUCCGCAGGUUAACAGAAAGGCGAAAAUUCACUGAGAAAGAUGCGCGUGAUAUCGGGCUUGUCCUCUUUCAGACUCUGAAUGUAAUGCAUAACAAACACAAGAUCGUACAUCGAGAUCUUAAACCAGAGAAUCUUUUGCUGGAAAGCCGGAGAAGUGAUACUGUGUACUUGGCUGAUUUUGGAUUUGCAAACAAGGUUCCGGAACAUGGAUUGAAGACGAGAUGUGGUACCCCUGCUUUUGUAGCUCCAGAGAUUCUACUUGGUAGAGCGUAUCAUCAGCCCGUGGAUAUGUGGAGUAUUGGGUGCAUCUUGUUCUUUAUGUUGGGUGGUUAUCCACCAUUCCACAUGAAGGAAGAAAAAAAUCUGAAAUUCAUGUUCAGAAAGAUUCGAGCUGGAGAUUUUGCUUUCCAUGAAAGUCAAUGGAAGAGCGUCAGUCCAGCAGCUAAGAGACUGAUCGCAAGAUUGUUAGUUGUAAACCCAGAUCAUCGUUGUACCGCAGAGAAGGCUUUGGAAAGUGAAUGGAUCAAGUUGAACGCAGACGAUCUUGCAAUGAAUAAUCUCAGCGCUUCGCUCACAUCUUUGAAGAAAAUGACUGGGCGUACAAGCUGGAGAGGUGCAAUCAGUGCCGUGAAGUUUGCAAAAACCGCAGGUUUUUGGAAUUCCGAAAAUGUCACCUUCUCUCGACAAGCCAAGGUUGACGAUGAUAUGGUCGAUGAAGUCAUGAACACACCGUCGAAGCUUACGUUUGACGAAAAGUACAAGGUCAAGCGGAAGAUCCGGAAGGGCUCUUGCGCGACCGUUUACGAGUGUUUACACAAGGGUACUGGAGAGAAGUUUGCUGUUAAAAUCAUCAAGCGAUCAAAACUCCAAAAAACUGGUGACGAGUUCAUACUCAAUGAGGUUGCUAUUAUGCAAUCUCUGUCGCCGUACGGGGAGCACAUUGUCCAACUACUCGACUUUUAUGAGGAAGAAGAAUUCUUCUACCUGGUCAUGGACUUUAUGGGGGGAGGUGAUGUUUUUGAUCGUGUUCUAGAAAUUGGAAAGUACUCGGAAAGCGACGCACGGAAAUUGACAACAAGUCUACUCAAGGGUGUUCACUGCAUGCACACUUCUGAAGUAGCCCACCGCGAUUUGAAGCCUCAGAAUUUAUUGCUAUCUUCAAAGGAAAAUCACACGGAAGUGAAGAUCAUAGAUUUCGGGUUUUCACGAAGGGUGCACACACCUCAAUCGCUGACCAGCAGAUGUGGUACACCACAUUAUGUUGCUCCAGAAAUCCUGAAAAACAUCCCUCAUGACGAGAGUUCUGACAUCUGGAGUGUCGGAGUUAUCGUUUUCUUGAUCUUAGUUGGGUAUCUUCCGAUCAUGAAGGAAACACAAUCAGAGUUGUUCCAAGAAAUUCGGACAGGAAACUGGAAGUUCCAAGAAGAAGACUGGGAGCACAUUUCGCAGGAAGCGAAAGAUUUUGUCUCGAAAUGCCUGAAUGUUGACCCUGAACAACGUUGGACUGUCGAAGAAGCACUUGAGUCGCCUUGGAUUAAUGCUGAUGCGGACGACCAAUCAAUUGCAAGUGCUAUAUCGACUUCUAUGCAAACACUGCGGCAGCGUAGAUCAGCUUUGCGGAUGCACACAACACCUGUAAUUUGGGAAGACGAAGAAGGCGGAGACAAUCCUAUCAACUCCGUGAUGAAUGCCCACGAUUCGGAUAUAGAAGAAGAAGACGAAGAUGCGGAGGAAGAGUAG